AAUUUGGCACCUACCGCCGGAGCCCUGAUAAAUAGGAGGUUCCUGCCUUCAGUCCCACAGCCUCUGAGGACUUUACACAAGACAGACCACUACAAGGAACCAUGGAGUCUUUCACUACCAACAAUGGAUUAACUUCUGUUUUUACUGGAGACAAUGUUUCUCAGCAGUCCGGUCGUUUGUGGAGACCGUGGACUGGAAUCGAGGACAAAACUGCGGCGCACAAGGCUGCUUCUACUCACGGAGACCUUUCUGCUGGAAUGCAUCCCAAGACUCCUCAGGUCAUUCACCCUGUGAAGUUGUUCUGGCCCAAAUCGAGAUGUUUCGAUUAUCUGUACCAGGAUGCAGAAAUGCUCCUGCGCAACUAUCCGGUCCAAGCGACCAUCUGCCUUUACGAAGACUCCAGCAGCGACGAAGACAGCGAUGAUGAAGAGGAAGAGAUGGAGAAGGAGCUGAACUAAAUGCGGCUCUCUGGAGCCUUCCAUGACGAGUUGUUGUAUAAUGUGAUAAUAUAUUUCUCUUUAACUUAUUUACUGUAAAUAUUGUAAAUAGACUUUUUCCACUUCUAUACCAAACGAGAAUGUAAAUGCUUAUUAAGUUAUUCCUCUAACA